CUGCAGGAUGGCACCGCCCGCAUCAACUCGCUCUCCUUCCACCGCACCGCCGACUUUCUGGUCUCGGCCUCUGACGACGACUAUGUGCGCGUGUACAACACGCAGACAGGCACCCAGGAGAGGGUGCUGCUGAGCAAGAAGUAUGGGUGCGCCAACAUCACUUAUACACACGAUCCCUUCUGCGUGGUGGCCUCCUCCACCAAGGGCAACGACUAUGCCCUGCGCUACCACGACCUCCACUCCAACCGCUACAUCCGCUACUUCCGGGGCCACGCCGGCCGCAUCACCACCCUGUCCAUGUCGCCCAAAUCGGACGUCUUCCUGUCGGCGGCGCAGGACAAGACGGUGCGGCUGUGGGACCUGCGGGUGAAUGGCUGCCAGGCGCUGCUGGAGGCGCCCGGCCUGCCCACCACCACCUUUGACGAGCAGGGCCUGGUGUUUGCGGUGGGGGCGGAGCGGGGCGUGGUCAAGCUGUACGACGCCCGCAACUGGGCCGCGGGGCCCUUCACAUCCUUCCCGGUCAACGACGAGAUCCACUCUGGCGCCCUGUUCACCUGCCUCAAGUUCAGCCUGGACGGCAGCCUGCUGCUGGCGGUGGCCGAGGGGCGGCUGUACUUGCUGGAGGCGUUUGAUGGCAGGCUCAUGCAGAAGGUGGGCGGGCACCCUGCCUGCACACAGCUGUUGCAAGAUGGCGGGCAGGCGCUGGAGGCCUGCCUCACCCCCGAUGCCAAGUACGUGAUGUCUGGCAGCCCCGACAACUCCAUCCGCGCCUGGAGCGUGGCCAGCGGCGCAGAGGUGGCGCGCUGGACGGGCCACGCCGGCCUGCCCACCUGCCUCAAGUUUUCGCCGCGCAAGAUGCUGUUUGCCUCGGCCUGCUGUGCGCUGGGUUUGUGGAUACCGGAUGUG